AAAGGCGGGUUUUGGAAUAAUUAGAAUGAAUUAGUGAGCUAUCACAAUAAAAUAAUUUAAAACUAAUUUCCGCAGGCGUUAUAAUAUGUUAAUUAAGUCUCAAACUGAUUCUAAUUCCAAAAUGAUGUCCGUGUAUAAUUUCAAUCGGAGCGGCAGCGAGAUCCGGCAAGAGUUGGUGCGCGUGUUCAGUGCGGGCCGCGGGACCGCCCUCGAGCAGUGGAGUGCGCAGGCCGAACUUCUAGUGGAACCGGUUGGUUGGGAUGCUUUGUGGAAACUGUCGAAACAGUUUUGCAAGAGGUUUGAGGUCAGAUUUCCAUGCAUAGCAUAUGUGACAGUGUCAUCCGUGGACUUUGAAGCGCUGUCAGCAUCUGUGGAAGUACUUAGUGUGCAGCAUGAAGCGGUGUCACUUCCGGAGACAGUGGAGGAUGUGCCAUUAAUAGAGCUUUGGCCGACUACUCAGCAGCGGGAACAAUGCCUUAAUGAUGCUACUACGGCAGAAUUUAUUGAUUUGUUAAGAUUCUACUACACCAACAUCUGGAUGCCCUGGGACGACCAAGACGACAAAGUAGUCCUUCCCAACACAAUUGAAGACCGCAUGCAACUGUGGAUGGACACGUACGACGGCACCAUACCCAACUGUGUUGCUCGCACUAUAACUCUGCUACGGAGCAGUGCGGUUAACGCUUAUGAGAAACUGAAAGAGCUGGACUCGUCUAUUUGUGACAGGGGAUUAACUGAUGAAGAUGAUUCCCUCCUGCCCCCAUCAUACAUAUCCCUAUAUGCGGAGAUGAGCGCCCGCCUGGACGGGCUCAUGUCAAAAUGGACGCUGUAUGAGAACCCGCUGAUCCGGGAACAGUACCUAGCCAAAGCAACGAGCAAGUGGCAGAAACACAAGGCACAAAAGAAUGUGGUAGCUCUCUGGCAAGGCGGCUCAAUCUCUGAAUUCGAGGAGAUAUCCAAAUUCCUCCGCUCCCGGGUCUCUAAGGAUCAGAUCCUCAGCGUGCUGGUGUCUGCGGAGGAAGCCCUGGCACUGGAGCCUGAAGACAUGGUCGUGUGCAGUCCCAACUAUGAGCUGCCUGAGAUGCCGCUGUCACAGAUUUCGCUGUGCAGUUUCAAAGGCGCCACACUCAAAGCGGCGGAGAUGCGAACCUGCCUACUGCAGCUAAGCGAUGACUGCCGCCUGCGAGACCUAACCCUCAACUGCGCGCUCGUCAACACCGUCAUAGUCAUGCGCCCGGGCACGCUGCACGUCGCCAACUGCGCGCUAUCUGACGAUUCUGAUACUUGUCAGAGUGACUUCGCGCAAGGCGUUAUAGCGAUGUUCGGCUCAAAAAUACUCAUCGAGAACUGUACGUUCGACAACUUCUACUCGGGAAUAGUCGUUCACAAAGGCGCCCAGGUGGAGUUAAGAGGCUGCAGCAUCAGAAAAUGUGGUGUCGGCAUCCAGAUCUACUCCGGGUCCUCGGUGCUGCUCAACGACACCAGCAUCUCUGGAUGCUCAGAGCACAGUGUGCGCUGUGAACUAGACAAAACAGCUGGCAAGGACCUCAGCAGUAUCAAGGAACUGGAAAUAAUGCCGAACUGCAGGAUUGGUUCCGGCGACAUCAAGAAGGAGGUUCUCAUGGUUUCGCAAGAUGCCAGCUUAUUAUAAACCUUAUGGAGUACAGAUAGGGUGUAUUUUCAAU